CAGUGAAAUUUUAUGUAUUGAGAAAAUUAAUAAACUUGCGUCAAAAUGAGUUACAAGCACAAAAACACCACACAAAAAAUAAAACCUAUACCCCAUAUUUCUAGUAAAGGAGAAAAUAGUAAAGCUCAGUUAUAUGUACCAGAACCUAGUCCUGUAGUUCAAUUGCAUCCUGUAAAAGAAGAAUCAAAAGUAGAAAUAUCUCGACAGGACUCUUUCGACAACCAAGAGCAGGAAGAGGAAGCGCAGGAAAGAUUUCAAAAUGAAAUUAAGAGAUUUAUAGAGAUUUCAAAACAUUUCUCAAGUCCCAUUCAUAAGACAGCUUCUUAUAUUUGCGAAAACCAUUUGGUGUCAUUCCCGAACCCAUUUAGAAUACAAUAUAGACGCGGCGGUGUGACAACACAACGCAUGAAGUUUACUAACCUUACUUUGGAGCCAGUCUACAUAAAGCUUUAUAAACUCAUACCCGAAUUAGAACAGCUCAAGUACAUAAAUCUGUCUUUGGCGAGGUGCAAGCGCAUACCUCCUGGCCUUUCGUUUACUUUAGGCUUCGUGUACGAUGACGUCAAUGAAAAAUCAGCCGUAAAUGCGAAAAUGGUCUUUGUAGCUUCUAGAAAAACGACAACACCUUGUUAUCAAGUUUGCGAAGUCGAUUUGAUAAUUGAAGCGCUUAAAAUUAGAUUAAUUACAGUUUGAUAUAUGCUUUAGGGAAAAAUCUAUUGUUAUGUUACAAAAUUUCGUCUAAGAGUAAAGCGGGUAUAAGUAUUUCCUUUUUGCAAUAAAAUCCUUU